CGCCGGCCGAGCCACUUCCACGCUUCUCCGAGAAACCACACCCCAGGACGGACCCCCGCGCCGCCGCCGCCGCCAUGGACGGUGCCGCCGCAGCACGCCGCCUCCGCGCCUUCAAGCGGUGGAUGCGCGCGCGCGGCGUCGUCUGCAGCGACGUGCUCCGCCUCGACGCCACCGAUCCCCUCGGCGUCCACGUGCGCGCCGCCGCGCCGCUCCGCGAGGGCGACCUGGUCGCCACCAUCCCGCGCGGAGCGUGCCUCACGCCGCGCACCACCGGCGCCGCGGGGGCGAUCGAGGCCGCCGAGCUCGGCGGGUGCCUCGCGCUCGCCGUCGCCAUCAUGUACGAGCGCGCGCGCGGCGCCGACUCGCCGUGGGACGCCUAUCUCCAACUGCUCCCCGACCGCGAGUCCGUGCCGCUCGUGUGGCCCGCGGACGAGGCAGAGCGCCUGCUCGCGGGCACCGAGCUAGACAAGAUAGUGAAGCAGGACAGGGAAUUCCUUUGUGAGGACUGGAAAGAAUGCAUUGAGCCCCUGAUAUCUUCUGGAGAGCUGAACGUUCGCCCAGAUGAUUUUAGCGUGGACAAAUAUUUCUCUGCAAAGACUCUUGUUUCUUCAAGGUCCUUCCAGAUAGACAGCUAUCAUGGAUUUGGAAUGGUUCCAUUGGCUGACCUUUUCAAUCACAAGACUGAUGGUGAACAUGUACACUUCACGUCUGCAUCAGAUGACUCAGACUCAGACAGUGAAGAUCAUGAUGAACAAAGUGAUGCUUCUGCUGAUGACCAGUCGACUAUAGAAAACCCGACGAGCAGUCCUUCAGGCUCAAGAGUUGGCGACGAAGAUUUGGAAAUGAUUGUUGUAAGAGAUGCUGAUGAAGGCGAGGAGGUGUACAAUACAUAUGGUACAAUGGGGAAUGCUGCUUUGCUUCAUAGAUAUGGUUUCACAGAACUUGACAAUCAAUAUGACAUUGUCAACAUUGACUUAGCAAUGGUCACUAAGUGGUGCACAUCCAUAUUCUCUGGUCGGCAUGUAAGAGCAAGGGUAUCACUAUGGCGUAAUCUGGGUUAUUCUGGUUGUACUAGCCAGGAUGCUGAGUACUUUGAGAUUUCAUAUGAUGGAGAGCCCCAGCUUGAACUUUUAAUCCUCCUUUAUAUCAUCACUUUGAAACCUGAUGUUUAUGACAAGUUGAUCAGUGCGGCUCAUGAUUUAGUUGGCGAUGAAGAGCAUGAUACUAUUCGUAACGUGGCUAAGUUUGUCAAAGUAACAAACUCCAACCAAUGUUCUGAACUUAAUGGGCUUGAGGAACUGCCUGACGUGAAGAGAUUACUGCAUAGUGAGAGCAUUUGUUCUGCACUUAUAUCACUUGCUGACAUGAGGGAGACUCUCUAUGGCUCAAACACUUUGAAAGACGACGAGGAAAAGCUGCGAGCAUGCUGCAUUGUCAGAGAAAGGAAGCUGUAUCAUUCUCUGGUGCUGCGGGUUAGUGAGAGAAGAAUACUUUAUAGAUUGCGAAAAUAUGCCUCUAGCAGGUCAAAGACCAAGAAGAGGAAGCAUCCCUAGUGUUUGAAGACAGUGUACUCACCUGGCGAAGUUUGAAUCUGGGUCAAUCCAGCUGUUUGUAAUCACUGUGUUCGGCUGGUGGUUCCAGCUCCAGCUCUACAGUGUUUCCCUCUCACAUCCCUCCAGCUCCAGCCUCCAGCCACCAGCCAGGUAACAGUGUUUUUCUUUCACACCACUCCAGCUCCAGCCUCCAGCUCCAGCCUGCCGAACAGGGUGAAUGUUUGCAUUUUGCGAUUACCAAGCAGAUGAAAAUUUUGUUCAGUUAAGAUAUGACAGAUUAGUUUGUGAGGUUGUUAGAAACUUAGAAUUGCAGGAACAUUCGAAUGAGCCAUUUCAGGCUUCUACUGUUGUAGCAUGCAAUCCUUUAUCUCUUUCUACUAUUCUUUCCUUGUAGUGGAGUAAACAUAAGGUAUGCACCGUGUUCUUUGGAAGAUUAGAUGCUUGUGGCUUGUGCGUGCAUUGUGUUCUUUGGAAGAUUAAAUGCUUGUGGCUUGUGA